GCCGCCGCGGCUCCAGCCCCGACGCGCUCCGCUCAGUCCCCAUGGCCCGGCCGGUGACGCUGGCGGCCGCCGCCCUGGCGUGGUGCCUGCUGCUGGCGCCCCCCGGCCUCGCCUGGUACAAGCAGGUGGAGGGGCCCGGCUCCUACUCGGUGGGCCGCGCCGCGGGGCUGCUGUCCGGCCUCCGGGGGUCCCCGUACGCGCGGCGCUCCCAGCUCCCGGUGGGCGCGCGACCCCAGGGCCGGGCUGCGGCCUUCCCAGAGCUGCGCUCCAGCCCACGGAGCCCCGCCAUUUGCAUCAAGGACGUCACCCCGAACCUGCGGAGCUGCGAACGCGUCCCCGACGGCGGCGCCACCUUCCAGUGCCGAGCGGACGUCUCCCUGUCGCUCCGCGCCGCCGACUGUGGCCGCGCCUGAGCCCAGCGCGGGACCCCCAGACCCCCCGGAGAUGGCGCCCGGCUCUGCCCGCCCAUAGUAGGCGGUUAAGUGAAUAAAUGACCAGCC